AUGGCGCGAUCCUUUGCAGAUAACGAGGCGAUACCAGCUGGCUGGCGGACCCGACAACCAGGAUAUGCUAUCUGGAUCAUCAUCGCCAUCUUUCGCAGCUUUUUGGAGGCAUUUUUCUACGGCGUCUACUAUAUCCCGAGCUCCUUCCGCCAGAAUCCAAGGUGGACCUAUCGUCAAGCCUGUAUGACACGGUUGAUGCAAACAAUCUUUCACAUCAUUACAGAAAUCGGUUUCACGCAAUCUUUGACCUUGGACCCGGAAAAGCUCGGCGAUCGCUGGGUCACCAUCGACCCAGCGUCAGCCGCCGCGUAUUCUGGUGACUUCACAAGUGACACUAUCAAGCCAGAGACGGUCGGCGGCACCUGGUAUCCAGAGCUACCAUCAAAGCAAUCGCUACUGGAGGAACAAGGCCUGGUGGUUUUGUCCUUCCAUUCCGGCUCGCUUCUAUGGCUGACUGGACGGCCAGAGGACUCGGAACCAACGGCAACCCUACUAAACAACAGUAUGGGCAAAAAUACUCGCUCCUUUUGGCUGCAGUACCGUCUUGCCGGUGGCAAUAACCCAACACCGUAUCCCGGAGCCAUGCAAGACGCUGUGACAGCAUACAUAUAUCUCACCAAAGAAAUGGGAAUCUCCCCAUCGCGCAUUGUCCUCGCAGGUGAUUCCACAGGCUCGACCAUUGCAGUGGCAUUGCUGCGCUAUCUUGUCUCCAUUAAGGACCUACAAGACCAUGAACUCGCUGACCUUCCACCGCCAAAGGCAUGUCUUUUGUUCUCGCCCUCGGUCGAGUAUUGCUUCGAAGGGGAUAGCAAGGCCAUCAGCGCAAAUAGAAAUAUCAAGACCGAUUACGUCGAGGCGCGUAUGAUGGCUUGGGGGGCGAGGGCUAUUGCGCCCCCUGAGACUGUACGACUGGAUGAUCCGUAUAUUUCUCCAGCACUGCAUCCAUUUGCAACCCCGGUACCAAUCUUCGUCCAGGCGGGUGGUGCGGAGGUUCUCUGUGAUAGUGUUCGUGGAUUUUCAGAUGUGAUGAGCGCGAUCCCAGGCAAUCGGGUUGAGUAUUUGGAAAUACCAGAUGUGCCGCAUGAUAUCUAUGUUGCUGGAACGAUUCUCGGAUGGCCCAAGGAGCAGGAAGAGAUCCAUGAAGCUGCGGCCAGGUUUGUUCUGCAAUGA